GGGCACACAGGUGGACCGGGAAGGCGGAGCUUGGAUAACCUGGGGGCGGAGCUAAAAGUUCCUCCUGCAGAAAGGGACAAAACAGGAGACGCCGGUGGUGGGACGCGGCUCCAUGGACGCCAGGAAGGUGACCCUGCUGGUCGGCCUCUUCUCCAUCCUCAACACCAUCCAGUUCUUCAUCUUCAGCUUCCACCAGCUGACGCACCUCGGCUACGAAGACAAGUUCAGCCUCUACCUGGACACGACGUCCAAGGUGGUGUCGUGGCUCCGGAACCAUAAGAGCAAGAUAAUCAGCCUCCUGUCCGUGCUCACCGUCGCGGUCAGCUGCACCCUCCUCUACAGCGUCCACCGGGACAGCUACAAGGGCCCGCUGCUCUACGCGCUGUGGAUCGUGCUCUACGAGCUCACCAGCUUCUCCCUGGAGCUGCUCACCGGCGGCCUCAUCCGGAAGCGCUUCCAGGUGCUCCCGCGCCUCUACUCCUUCCUGCAGGGCUCGCGCAUGGUGCUGCACUUCGCCUGCCUGCCCAGCGUGCUGCGGCACGCCUACGAGCUCUUCAAGGCCUUCAAGGUGGUCAGCAAGGUCGGCCACCGCCGCCGCUCCUCGGUCAGCACCUUGGACUCGUUGCAGGCCACCGGGAUGAAGCUCAUGUAUCGCAGGCUCACCUAGGGAGGCCCUGGCCGGAGCCCUCUGUCCCAGCCCUGCUGCCUCCACCCAGUUCCGGAGCUUCGGGGUCCUUGAGGAGUGGCCCUGGGAGGGAGGCGGGCGUGGGUCGGUCGUCCCUAAUAGCACCAGCCUCUUGCUUACGUAA